UUAGAUCUCCGAGAUACCUUGCCCCAGAAAUCCUGCUACGAGGUCCGCAGUAUUCACUGUUGUCUGGCGCAUCUAGCUCAAAGGUACAUGUAUAUGUAUUGCAGUGUGUAGAAUAUUUUGUGUUGACAUGCGAGGACUCAUAUUAGUAGGGUUUUUUUCACUAUGAACAGCAGGAGCGUUUACUAGAGACAUUUUACUUUGAGUUUCGAUCUCCAACAACUUGGAAUUGAUUGUUGUUUGUAGAAAAGCUUUGCUUAUCAAUUCUCACCCAUUAUUAAAAUUGAUUAAAAUUUGGUUUAUAUGCAGUUAAUGUAUUUAGUAAUUACUUUCUAUUGAUGAUGGUUUCCUUGGAAUUUGAUUUAGGCGGACGUGUGGUCUCUAGGAAUUGUUUUAACUGAGCUUGUUUUGGUAAGUUAUAACUGAGUUUAAUAUGUUUAAUAUGUUUAAUAAUAAAUUUUGUGACACACAACAAUUAUUUACAAAAAAUGUCAAAUAAUGUAAGUUAAAUAAUAACAAGAAAGAUAAUGUUAUCAAACAAAAUAAUAAAUAUUUACUUAAAAGCCUAUGUGACGAGGAGGUUUGAUAUAGGAAACCAAUUAGGCUUAUUAAAAUUAUCAAACCCCCUCUCGUUUGAGAAUUCACACUAAUUAUAAGCUUAUUUCAAAAUAAAUAACAAUGGUAAGCUUAGUUAAUUAUACAUGGAGCAGAAAAGUUUUUUUAAUUUCUUUGUAAAGGAAGAAAGCGAUACACUAUUCACAAUAUCAUUGUCUAGACUGUUAUAGAGAAAUGGGCCUUGGUAUUUUAUAGAGAAUUGACGUAGAUUUGUUCUAGGAGUUACAAUGUGAAAUUCAUUUGCUCUUCUAGUAUUAUAAUUAUGUAUUUGGCUAUUUAAUAGGAAAAUAUUUUUAAAAUGUUCUGGUACAAGAUUUUUUUUAUACAAAAACAUGAAUUGACAUGUUUGCAAUUUACAUAUGUCUCUAAAUUUCAAUAAUCGAAGGUUUUUAAAGAUCAUGCUUGUAUGAGAAUCAAAUGUACUAUUAUUCAUAAUUCUAACAAUACGUUUCUGAAGAACUACCAAACGAAACAGGUUGGAUGCAUACGUAGAUGCCCAAACAAUAUUGCAAUAUUGCAGGUAUGGGUACACCAAUGAGUAAUACAAAGUAAACAAUGAUUGUUUCAAACGAAAAAAACUAGAUUUACGUAUUAUUCCUAUUGAUUUUGAAAUCUUCGUUGACACAUGACUAAUAUGAGAUUUCCAAGAAAGUUUGUCAUCUAAAAUAACUCCUAAGAAAACGAUUUUUUCCACUUGAUCAAUUUCUCUAUCAUUUAAUAAUAGUUGAGUAAAAAAUAUGUGCAUACGCUGUUGUGUAGAUUAACAUUAUUAUUAAAACAAUGCUCCUUAACAUUUCACAACUGUUAUAGGGCGAAUUGAUUUGGAGCAAUCUUACCAAGAAAUCUGACAUUAAGCAGAUCUUAGGAAAGAUGCUUGCACUGUUCAUGAAGGAAAAAGGUAAUAUUGUUUAUUUGUAAUGUGUUGUAAACAAAAAUGUGUUUCAAAACGUGGUUGAGAGAGAAUUUAUGAUGAUUUUCCCGCUGUGUAGAAACUGGUGAAAAUCCAUUUUGUUUCCUGCUGCGAGAGCAUGGUGCAGUGGGUAAACUCGAGGUACGUUUGAUCAUUUCUUUAUUGCCAUGUCUCAAUAUGUUCACUGUAUACGAUUUCUAAUAUUUGCGAUGCACAUUUCAGGAUAUUUCACCAGAUUUACGUUCUUUUAUUGAAUGUUGUCUUACCAUAAAACAUUCGAAAAGGUAUGAUAUUUUUCAGAUUCUGCAUGUCCUAUAUAAUGAUAUAAAUUAAUAGUCCACCACCUAGCUUGGGGACAUUUACACUCUUUGUCAUUUGUUACACAUGGUGUCUUUUCAUGGAGAUACUCCAUAAAGUGUUGUCUUUAAAACAAAAACAAUAUUUCAUUCAACUCUUUCAGAAAAAAUCCAGUGGAACUUGUUGAGCACCAGCUCUUCUUGAACUGUAGGAGAACAGAAAAGGUACGAUGAAGGAUUCCUGUUUUUCGCCAUCAUUUAGACACUCGUCUGAUAGAUUUGGUUCUUGAUUGACAUUCUCUACCUUCAAAUUUCGACUGAUAUACUGUACUCUUCAUUGUCAUUUGAAUAUAUGUCCAGAUGAAUUGUACACUAUAGCAAAAGAAAACACGUGUUGUAGUGUUGUAUAUUAUGCGCUGUAUUACACCCCCCCCCCCCUCCUCCUCUUUCACUGUUGGGUCUCAGUUACCAUCUUACUUUGGUGUAUUAUUGGGUAAACAUCAUUGAAUAGGGAGGGGAGGGAGAUGUCAAUAUUUGUAAUAAUUUGUAUACAUCCACUGAUGAUCUAAAACCGCAAAUGUCCCAACAACAUUUGAAAACGAUUUUAGUUUCCGAAAGAAUUUCGCUUUCAAAGCAGAUGUUACGUGUGAACUGAUCCAGCAUGAUGUAUCAAGCUUCCUUGUAAUUUAGAUUCUCUUCAUUUAGGUUGAAGAUAGCAUUGAUAUAUUUCCUGCAGUAUUCAGGUCUGGAGAACUUGAACUACCUGUGGACUCUUCAAAGGAAACCACAUCAGGUACGUUGUUCACGUGAAGUAUUCAUCUGUAGAAAUAUUCCUGCAUUGGGGACGGUAAGCUUACGUACUUAGUCGAUACAGUUGUUUGCUGUUAUUUCAUUAAUUAUCAUGACAUAAUUACGGCACAUAACUAUAUAUUGACUUUUAACUACUAUUUAAUACACAAGCGGGAGUGAUUUAUCAGAUAUAAAACACGAGAGCGCAGCUCGAGUAUAUCUGAUAAAGCACGGACUGUGAGUGUUUUAAAUAGCUUAUAAAACGAACCAUCUAAACAUUGGCAAAGUAAUUUUAAAAAUAAACGUUGUCUAAGCCGAGAAAAUCAAAGCUAAAGUUUAUGUUAUUUUAUUUGAACAUGAUUUUUUAUCGCAUAUAAAACCUCCGACACGGCAGUGAUUUCCUUUGUAUUUUCCUCAUGAAUUAUUAAUGAGUUUUUAAGUACUAUUUAAAGCACGCGUAGGAGUGUUAUAUGUGAUAAAACACGACUACAAGUGCUUUAAAUGGCUUAAAAAACGACUCAUUUUAUUUAUACGAGUUCAUUGGCGAAGUAAUUUUUAAAAUAAACUUUGUCUAAACCGAGAAAAUCAAAGCUAAAGUUUAUGUAAAUUAACAUGAUUUUUUAUCACAUAUAAAACCACGACACGCUUAUGAUUUCUCUUUGUGUUUUGCUCCUGAAUUAUUAAUGAGUUUUUUAAGUACUAUUUAAUACACAAGCGGGAGUGCUUUAUCAGAUAUAAAACACGAGAGAGCGCAGCUCGAGUAUAUCUGAUAAAGCACGGACUGCGAGUGUUUUAAAUAGCUUAAAAAACGAACCAUCUAAAUAUUGGCGAAGUAAUUUUGAAAAUAAACGUUGUAUUUCUGAACAUGAUUUUUAUCACAUAAAUAAUCACCGACACGGUAGUGAUUUCCUUUGUCUUUACCUCAUGAAUUAUUAAUGAGUUUUUUAACUUAGUUUAAAAAUAAAUGAAAGAGGCCAGAAAAUGAUUUUUAUAUUUUAUUAGCUAACGUUAGUUGUAUACAAGACCCACAUCUUGAGAGCUUUGAAGUGAAAAUUACAUGGUUUGCUAUAUGUACUGUAUUUACAAUGGAAUGGUUUAAAUUACGAAAACGGUCAUAACAUCUAAAAUUUUAAAAAGAGCAAAUGAACAUAAAGAUAUGAAAACAACUUAUCAGUACCUGCUGUUAUAGGAACUAGUUUAAUGUUACAUAGUUAGUAAUUGAAGCUCUGAAGAUGUCGUAGUUAGUAAAUCAAAGAUGUUGUACUGUUACGAAAAGUUAGCUAAUAAAAUUUCAUAAAGUAUGUGUGGUAUAAAACCAAAUUUCAUAAAGUAACGUGAUAUACUUUUUAACUGUGAAACAACCAACAAUGAACCGUAUACAUGACGUUGUGCUAAAUAUUUUUGGCCUUGAUACAGUUCGUGUAAAAUUUGCCAAGAUAGCGUCCUUGGCAAACACGCAAUUUUUGCAACUCAUGUAUGAAAAUCUAAAAGUCUCAAAAUCCUACAUGUAAUUUGUCUUGCCGAAGUACUGUUGUUAACUGACGUAGUUAUAACUCGUACUUUUCCAUUUCUUUUUUUAGGAGAUGAUCUACUGCAAGAAAGGUAUGCUGAAUGCUAUAGUUUUUAUGUUUUGACGUGAGAGUCCCCUCACCCACUGCCCAGAGUCCCCUCACCCACUACCCAGAGUCCCCUCACCCACUGCCCAGUGCAGGAAUUGAACAGGUGACACAAACGUCUUUUCAGGACGCUCUUGACCAAUAUAAUUUAUUUUAUUUUUAUUGUAAAAUCUGCUGCGUUUCUCCUAUGCAUGUGCAUUGGUGGAUUUUCCAUUUUGAAAUACAUUAUAGCAUUUAGAAAAUGCACUGGUUUUGAAGGAUUUGUAAGAAAUGUUUGAGGGAACUGAAUCAGUGUUUAACAGUGAGCUAAUCCUUCAACACUUAGAAUUUACUGAUGCAAAAUUCUGCAUCUACUGUGAUCACAGAAACUUUGAUAGUGUAAACCAGAUUUUAGAAACGUUAGACAAAAAUAAUUUCAUCAAGAUGAACAAAACACGUGCGCUUUAUUAUUUCAAAAUGGCUUCAGCUCUGUUAAAUUGUUUUUCAGACCUAUUCGAGAAAUUUAUCAUUUGUGGACUUUGGCUGGGGGAGAUGUUUUUGCUGAGCUGAAGAAACAUGACUUGAUCAAAACGUUUCCACCUGUGUGUAAUAUGCCCAAGUGAGUGCCCAACAGUGACGAUUGUGUUACCUAUAUACACCAUCAUCACUUACAACUUGAGUUGUACUGUGUAAAUCAAGCACACAGCUCCAACGACAACGUAUAGCGAGUUGUGUGUGUUUGAUUUGCACAGAACGUUGUAAGCAGGUUGUUUUAGGCAAAGAUUGUGUAGUGUAAAUCGUCCUUUAUAGCAACAUAAAUUAUGCAUAUUAUACACACAUUACUGUAUAAUUUCUGAUAUCUCUAUAAAUGUGUUCAAGAACAUUCAUAGAAAUAUUGGUUUUUCAGUCGUGACAGUGGAAGUGUUUCUAAAAUAUUCUGCCACUUCAUUUGAGACGUUUGACGAAUUAUCCGCAACUUCCUGUAUUUGAUCAUUUCAAGUCCUUUCCUGCGUGUUUAUGAUUGGUCAAUUGCACCAAAACCAAAGGUGAUUGGUGCAUUCAUACAGGACGUUUAUCAAGAUUUCAAAGAAAAGGUUGGUGUGAGCAAUUGGUAGAUUAUUUUAGGUACACUUCCAUUGCAUUAUGGGUAUUUGCAAUAUUUCACUGGGAAAAAAAGUUAAAUUUAUACUACGAAAUUUGCAAUUGCAGCGCUAAGUCCGUAGUAUAUCCAUACUAUUUCCAUACUAUAUCCAUACUAUGGAAAUAUACAAUUAUUAUGGAUAAUCAAAAUCCAUUCUAUUUCCAAUAAAGGUCCAUACAAUUUCCUUUCUAUGACCUUCUAUGGAUUUUCAAAAUUUUUUCCAGUGGCUGGUUGUUACACUGUGUUUAUUUUUAUAUCGACAGUGUUAUAUUACAUGGUGGAGAUACAUUGGGUGUGGCGAAAGAUAGAAAUCUGUUGCUGGACGACAGUGUGGUGUGUUUAUCUUUAGAGAGAGUAAGAGAGGUAGGAGAGAACUGGCUCAGUACUGCCGUUGAAAUGAGGUCGCGAGUGCUGAAAAUGUAAUUUCUGAUUACCAAACAUUUAGAAUUUAAUUUUUUCAGGAAUGGGUUCGACUUCAUUUAGAUCUACAGUACUGAGAAAAACAAGCAAUACGAAAUUAUAUUUAUGUACAAUCAUGUUUAUAAAUAGUGGCUACGCUCUUCCAACUUUGAUUAUUACUGGAAUUACUGUGGUACCGUUAAUUUCAAAGAUUUUACUGGACGAGGGAUUCGUUUCAAACUUCGAGAUCCGAGGCAAGCUUAAAUGAUCGGAGAAGAAAAACAUUUUACAACUUCUACCUGACAUUUUAUAAAUAUGUUUUUGAUGAUAUUAAAUACCCAUGAUUUUAACUUUCUAUUAUAUAUAUGCAUGGUUAUGCUUCUACAUCUCGAAUUAUUAUAACGACAGAAAGAUGACAAAUAACUCAUGUUUUUUAACGCGACCUGCAUUCACGCUCUUACACGAAGAAAGUACUGUUUGUGUGAAAUAGGCACUUGUGCGACCAUAAAUAGAUAUUAAACAACAAAUACAUUCAUAUAAUAUGCAGAUAUAUUGUUAUUAAGUCAUCCAGUGCUGUAUUAAGGCAUCCAGUGCCCUUUUUCUUGAAGAACUUCUUUUUCAUUUUUUUCAUAAUUAUGUACAGUUUUUAUAUUGUAGCAAUUGUCUCACGUGGAACCUACCGCCUAUUAUCCACUACUGGUUGAAAAAGAGUAAGUUUACCAAACGCUAGAAUUAUCUUCAUACAAAUGUUUUGUAUGUAGUAUAUGUACAUACCCAGAGGUACAGACCAUUCAUAUUAGUCUGCUCAUGUCUUGUAAUGAAGGCGAAUUAUUACCUUAUCGAACCAUUUCGAAUUUGACUUCUUUAUUAUUAACUCAUCAACCACGCGUUUUAUACAAUGUAACUGUUACAUGACAUAUUGUAUGAUAUUGUAUGAUGAUAAUUUUGGCAUAUUUACAUUAAAAGAUAUAACAACAAACUUCGACGUCUCGGGGAAGUUAAUUGCAUCAUACACACAAGUCGAGUUCAUGGUGUCUGAUUGGCUAACAGCCAAUUGUUAGCUCGUCAUAUCAACUCAAUAGCUGACUAAAAUAUGAGUUUUGGCGUAAUAUUCAACGGGGUGACGUCAUAACGUUGAUAUGAAAAAAUAGUAUUAAACGAUAUGGAAUUUGCGUUCUUUCAUGACGUCAUGCCGAUGACGACUGCCGAAGGAUUGAGGAAUUGUACUGUAGAUCAGUCAACAUCUGCCGCUGUCUUUGAAAUAAAUAAAAAAACAAUUAUUGAAUUCGGUUUUCGCAUGAUAUGAAGAAUUAUCAAGGUCUCAGUACAUCAAGCCUUCGGUUGAUAAGACAAACUUCGGGUUUCACAAUUCUUCUUGUCGUGCCUAACUCGUUAAAUAAUUGUUAAUUCACAUUAGUUUUUAUGUUUUAGUCCUUGUGCUUUUGAAUCUUCCGAAAUGAAGAGUUUACCCGUCGUUAUCCGUGAACGUGAUGUUGAAUAUCAGGUAGCUAGUGUCUUGCAAAUAUCGCUUUAUUAUUAACAUUUCCCACAAGCUUCUAGCUUUAAAUGACAUCGUGUGAAAAUAGUCACGUGAUUGAGAUGAAACCAAGGAAAGUGUUAAGCGUGGUUUACACUACCAGAGUUUUUGUGAUCAUAGUAGGAAUUUUACAUCGGUAAAUUCUAAGUUUUGAAGGAUUUGUAAAAAAUGUUUGAGCAAACUGACUUAAAGUGUGAGUAGUUCCCUCAAACUAUUCUUACAAAUCCUUCAAAACAUUUGUAACUGUAAACCAGCCAAGGACGUAAAAUCCUAUCCAGAAGAACAUUGGGCUGGGGUCAUUCAUAGACUCACCUCGGCAGCUCGUGAGCCACUUUUUUGUUCUUCCAACAUUAUGACGUCAUAUUGUUUAUCUAUUACUGAACAUACAACGUCAACAUGUUAUCUAUUUGUUAAAUAUAUGUACGCUGUACUGAGAUAUUUUAUGAAGUUCCAGUUUCCUGUACUAUGCUGUUUUUAACGCAAAGUUUACAAUGAUUGAUUAGAAUUGAGAUCACUUGGGGGAAUAGAUACGUUUCAAGAUAUUUGACAUUCGAUAUUAUUCAUUCUUACUGUAGUUUCGACGAAUUGUGAUUUUUCAACGAUUGCUUGAAGUAAGUGUAUUCCUAUUAAGGAGCUUUAAAGCAAGCAACGUUUUUGUCAACACGGUAAUUUUCAACACAUGAUAAAAUUUUUUUAUAGUUUUUUGCUUCCUUAUAUGAGCGCUAUGAUUCAAAAUGGCGCCAAUAUUAGUUCUACUAAUUUUCGGGUGACGUCCGUGUUUACAGAAACGUCGCUUGCUUGAGCUCACUAAUAUUAAUAAUUAUAUAGAGUCUGUCCACCUUGCGAUGAUACCUUAUAUAGACAUAACCCCUUAUCGCUGUAGGCAUACGUUAUUGCCACAAGGUUCAGCUAGGUAGGGAUAUCUACAGGGUAAUUUUUAUGUCUACAAAAAUAUCUGAAUAUAUAUAACAGGGUCAGCCACAAGUUAGUAAUUAAUGGACGUCAUUGGAGAGCCCUCGUUCAGAUUUGACUUCCACUACAACUACUAACGGACCAUUAACCAAUCAGAUGCGUUUAAUGUAUCCGAUUGACCAAUCAGAUGCGCCCGUGAGAGGUAGCGGGAGUGGAAGUCAAAUCUGAAGCUCUAUUAUUAACGAGCAUUCAUAUUCAACGACUAAAUGCAUAUGAGGGACAUACACGCUCCCACGUUUUCCACAAUUGCCUUUUUCCAGAUAAAACAAAAAAUGGGGGGGGGGGGUGCUCUUCAAUAAUGGAAAAGGCGCCCCCCAAGAGGCAGUCCUUCUCUAAUACAUCCUUCCUGAAAGUACGUCACAUUGGCAAUAGAGCCUCGUUUUCGUGUGUGACAUCAGUUAAAUCCAAGCGUCUCAAACAUUGGCUCUAUAGCCAAAGUGACUUACUUUUCGGAAGGGUGUAUUGUACCUUGUUUCCUAUGCCACUGCGUUUGUAAAAUAUCAGUUGGUGUUAACGGUUGGUUUCAAUGAAAAGCGUUAAUUAAGGGUAGACAGUGAAAACAUAUCUACUUGCCUGACCCUGAGGAUAUAUAGGUCAAAGUCGAACGUUUCGAAGAAGAAGCGUUCGUGAGGAAGUUAGUAACUGUAUAGAUAUGAGACAAGAAGAGUGCAUUAGUGGGCGUUGUCGAGGUACUAUCGAAGAAUAUUUCCCAGCAAGGAUCUAUAUGGAGUUAGCAAGCGACGUAGUAGUAGUAUAGAAGUAAGCAAGCGACGUAGUAGUAGUAUAGAAGCAAGCGACGUAGUAGUAGUAUAGAAGUAAGCAAGCGACGUAGUAGUAGUAUAGAAGUAAGCGACGUAGUAGUAGUAGUAUAGAAGUAAGCAAGCGACGUAGUAGUAGUAUAGAAGUAAGCGACGUAGUAGUAGUAUAGAAGUAAGCAAGCGACGUAGUAGUAGUAUAGAAGUAAGCGACGUAGCAGUAGUAUAGAAGUAAGCAAGCGACGUAGUAGUAGUAUAGAAGUAAGCGACGUAGUAGUAGUAUAGAAGUAAGCGACGUAGUAGUAGUAUAGAAGUAAGCAAGCGACGUAGUAGUAGUAUAGAAGUAAGCGACGUAGUAGUAGUAUAGAAGUAAGCGACGUAGUAGUAGUAGUAUAGAAGUAAGCAAGCGACGUAGUAGUAGUAUAGAAGUAAGCGACGUAGUAGUAGUAUAGAAGUAAGCAAGCGACGUAGUAGUAGUAUAGAAGUAAGCGACGUAGCAGUAGUAUAGAAGUAAGCAAGCGACGUAGUAGUAGUAUAGAAGUAAGCGACGUAGUAGUAGUAUAGAAGUAAGCGACGUAGUAGUAGUAUAGAAGUAAGCAAGCGACGUAGUAGUAGUAUAGAAGUAAGCGACGUAGUAGUAGUAUAGAAGUAAGCGACGUAGUAGUAGUAGUAUAGAAGUAAGCAAGCGACGUAGUAGUAGUAUAGAAGUAAGCGACGUAGUAGUAGUAUAGAAGUAAGCAAGCGACGUAGUAGUAGUAUAGAAGUAAGCGACGUAGCAGUAGUAUAGAAGUAAGCAAGCGACGUAGUAGUAGUAUAGAAGUAAGCGACGUAGUAGUAGUAGUAUAGAAGUAAGCAAGCGACGUUUUUGUCACCACGGACUUCAUCCAAAAAUUGGUAUGACUAAUUUUGGCGGCAUUUUGCAUCGUAUAGCGCUCGUGUAAGGAAGUAAAACAACUUUAAAAUUUUAUCAACACGGACUUCAUCCAAAAAUUGGUAUGACUAAUUUUGGCGGCAUUUUGCAUCGUAUAGCGCUCGUGUAAGGAAGUAAAACAACUUUAAAAUUUUAUCAACACGGACUUCAUCCAAAAAUUGGUGUAACUAAUUGUGGCGUCAUUUUGCCUCGUAGCGCUCGUGCAAGGAAGUAAAACAACUUUAAAAAUCGUAUGUUUUGUCAGAUGUGUUGAAGAUUACCACAAACUGAUACAAACACAGUUUUUAAUCCAGUCUCCUCUCGGAAAUCUGACGUCCUUGUUGACGUCGCUUGCUUCAGCUUCCUGGUAUCCACAGAGAGACGUAAAAAGACGCCUGGCACGCUUGUUGUCCCCAGGUUUAUUAGUGAUCGUCAAUGUAUCUGUUUCUAGGGGUAUCCAUACACUCGAGAUAAAAUCAUUAAAGAAGCUAGAGUAGAUAUUCCUCCAUUGUUACGUGAUAAAAUCUGGGCUGCUUUGUUAAAUGUUACGGUAUGUUAAAAAUAUUUUGUAUUUGUGAGAUUGUGACAGGAUUGUGUCUUUAUAAUCAUGCAUGGAAACUAAUGUUGUAUCACUGUAUAAUGCGCUUAUGAAAUCAGAGCCCCUGACCUGUUCAGAGCCGCUAACCUGUUCAGAGGGUAUAUACUUCGUGUGACCCCUAUUAUUAUGUAUCAAGGCGGACACCUGACCCCCACCCCAACCCCGCCUCUAACCUCAACCUUGAUAAAGUCGAGUGGAAUGCCCAAUAAAUGCGUAAUGUAUGAUGUGAUGUUUAUUUAGGGAAAUGUUCCAGUCAACUACGACAAUAUUGAUAAGGAAUCUUUUACUCCCACAGAUAGACAG